ACGAUGGUGGACAACAGCCAGCCGGAAGUCAACCAAAAGCCAAGACCCAGGCCCGUUCUACCGGAGGAGCUGAUCCGCGAGGAGCCGAUCCUCGAGAAGGCCUACGUCUGCGUCCUCCGAGAACGACGCUUCGCCUCGCAAGCCAUGGCCAUCCUCGCCAACUGCAAGCACCUUCCCUGCCCGCGCCACCUGAAACGCUGCCACGGCACCCGCAUCUACCUCGCUGCCCUGGAUCGGCUACCCGAGGGCAUCCACGGGCCCGCCGAGUUGCGCCAACUCCUCGCCGACCUAGGCCUCGACCUGGCCCUGCUCGAGGACGAGCUCGAGACGCCCCAGGUCCCGGCCAAGCCAGCCCGCUCCAAGGCGCAGAUGCGCGCGGCCACGGCCCACUGGCCCCUGCACUUCCACCCGGACCCGCGGCUCGAGGCCCUCCUGUCCGGGGCGGCCCUCGCCGACCUCGCGCCCCUCGAGUCCGCGGCCCAACUGGUCGCCACAGCCGCCCGGGCCGCCGUUGGCGGUACCUGCUGCAGCGGGGCCGCCGCCAUCCUCGAGCCAUCACGACGGGGCCCCCCGCGAGUCCUCGCCCUGGCCCGGGCCAGCCUCGACCGGCACCCCCUGUGGCACGCGGCGAUGCUCGCGGUCGACCUAGUGGCGCACGGCCAAGGUGGGGGCGCCUGGGACUUGAAGCCGCGGCAGCUCGAGGGGACCGGCAAACGGCUUCGGCUGAGGGUCCGCCGGCCGCUGGUCUUCCCUCCGGAGCUGGACAGUCUGAUACUAGUUGGCGAUGACGAUGAUGACGAGGAGGAGGAGGGAAAUGGAGAAGAAGCGGCGUACCUGUGCACGGGCUACUGGGCGGUUCUCGUGCAGGAGCCCUGCCCAAUGUGCGCCAUGGCGUUGCUGCACUCGCGCGUCGCCAGGAUCUUUUACGGAGUCGGCAACCCGAGGGCCGGGGUGCUGGGGAGCAGAGCUUUGCUGCACAACGUGCCUGGGCUGAAUCAUCGCUACGAGGUUUGGUCCGGGCUGCUCGAGGCCGAGUGCGCCAGGGCCCUCGAUUCGGCCACGACGAUUUAA